UUCCAUGUUGUGUGUACUGUGGGAGAUCAGAUAUAGUGAAUGCAGGGUCUGCGGAGACCAGAUAUAGUGAUUGCAGGGCCCAAGGAGACCAGAUAUAGUGAAUGCAGGGUCCUGGGAGACCAGAUAUAGUGAAUGCAGGGUCCGGGGAGACCAGAUAUAGUGAAUGCAGGGUCCGGGGAGACCAGAUAUAGUGAAUGCAGGGUCCGGGGAGACCAGAUAUAGUGAAUGCAGGGGUCCGGGGAGACCGGAUAUAGUGAAUGCAGGGUCCGGGGAGAUCGGAUAUAGUGAAUGCAGGGUCCGGGGAGAUCGGAUAUAGUGAAUGCAGGGUCCGGGGAGA